AUGGACAGCAACUUUGGCAUUUACAUCUCGUCUCCUCUCGUCACCUUCAUCGUCGGCCCUACAAGGAAGGAAUUCACUGUACACUCCGAUCCCCUAGCCAGCCUAUCAUCGACACUACACUGUCUCCUAAACGACCCAAUGCUAGAGGCAAAGACUCAUCAUGUCGACUGGUCGGAGGUGGUCGAUGAGGAUACAUUCAUUCGGUUGUGUGAGUAUGCUUACGUGCGCGAUUACACGCCACCGUCGUGCACGGAAAGGUCUUACCAGACACUUGUAUCAGCAUCAGGGAUGGCAGAGGAACAAACUGAGGCUGGUGAAUGGAGUGGAAAGAAAAAAGGCUACUGCUCGAGCCGCGAACCAUCAUCUGACCAGCCACCAGCAGAAACCCCUUGUGAGAAUUACGCCGACGAACUAAUGGCCCCAGAAGCGGAGCCAGAAGAAGAAAAAAAAAGUAUCUGGAGCCACCAUCUGCGGGACAGGUUCAAAAAUCUCAGCAUGCAAUAUACAAAUUCGUAUGACAAUGUCUUAUCCAAAACAAAAGAAAAGUUUGCCCCAAGGGGUAAUUGUGAUCCUAAGAAUGAUUUCACGCCUGUCUUUCUUGGACAUACAAAGCUAUAUAUAUUGGCUGAUAAGUAUGGUAUUGUUUCGCUUGCGGACUUGGUUCUGGGUAAGCUGGCGACGACCUUGUCAUGCUUCACACUGUGUGAAGAUGAUAUAGGUGUAGUAGCUGAGUUGGUUCGGGCUUCUUAUCAAGAUACAAUGCCCAAUGAUGCUCUUAGCACAUUGGUUACAACCUAUAUUGUAUCUGUUCUUGGACAAAUAGGUGAAAUUACCGGGUUCCGGGAGCUGCUGGCGGAGGGUGGGGAUUUUGUUGUUGAUUUCUGGCAAAUUAUCUGGAAAUGAUUUUGGAAGUCUGCUAGAAUUACACGGUAUCUUGAAGGUACAACAGGUGGUAGGCUUUCUGCUGAUGGAAGCGAUUGGUUAUGUGGUUGAACUUCCAGUAUUGAGGAUUCAGAGGAUACGCAUUUGUGCCGUAUUUGCAACCAUCUAUAAACGUUAAGAUCUUAGAUUCCGGGAAGAUUAUUUAGCUUUUAUGGACUUGAAUGUUCUAGAUAGCUUAUGUCAUCUGAAAAGAACAUCCUAGUCUGGAAAGAUAAUUCUGCCCUUCUGGGCCAUGAAACAAAGUGAAUGGG